AGUAAAAACGUAGGGAGUAUGAAACAAAAACAGUAAGUGUAGGUACGUAGCAGUUUAGCACAUAGCAGGAGUCUCGAAUGUGGUACACGUGUUAGGAGUAGGGCCAUUUGCAUGAGCUGCCCAUUGUAUUUCCCUGAAUACUAUGUUCUCUUAACUCGUCUUCCCUUGUAUACAGCCCUAUAUCAAUCCAACCAAAACAAUUUGUCUUAAUCCACUUUCCAAAUAAUUACUCUCAAAAAAUUAAAAAAUAAUUCUAAAUAAUAAAAACAUACAGAAGAAAAAAAAAGGAAAGAAAAAAUGAAGGUGAUGAUAGCACUUGAUGAAAGUAAAGGGAGUUUUUACGCUCUAAACUGGGUUUUGUCCAAUGUUUUAAAGCCUGUUAUUUCAACUGAAACAAAUGAUAAUGAAGAAAGGGAGAAUUUGGUGUACUUGGUUCAUGUCAACCUUCCUUUCCAAACUUAUGUCUAUCCUGCCGGACCUGUUGUUUAUACGACAACUUCGGUCUUAGAAUCUGGUAAGCAUGCACAAGAGCAAAUAUCGGCAGGUAUAUUUGCUCGUGCUAUGAAAAGUUGUAAGGACAUGAAGAUUAAAGCAGAAGCAUUGACUAUGCGCGGCGAACCAAAGGAGGUACUUUGUCAAGUUGCUGAGCAGAAACAAGUUGAUCUUUUGGUUGUGGGUAGUCGCGGUCUUGGCGUGCUGAAAAGGGCCUUCCUGGGAAGCGUUAGUGAUUAUUGUAUGCACCAUGCACAUUGCCCUGUGUUGAUUGUAAAGCCGCCUAAGGAGUUAAAUAACAAUGAAGAAGUGCCCCAAAAAACAGCCUAAGACGAGGAAGAACUCUAAUUUACAAGAAAUAUAGUUAUUGCUUGUAUCUUUUCUUGAAUAUGUAAGUAAUGGCUAGUAUGACUACAAGAGGACAGUGUCUGAUACUCUGAAUUGCGUGUGUAGUUUUUUUCCAUUGUUGGAUCUUGGAUGGAUAUAGGCUACAAGUCAUAUGACAUUUUAUAUAAUACUUACAUAUUUAUAGUGGUUUUCAUACCAAUUCAAAAUAAUUAUAUAGGGUUGUUUUCAUACCAAAAGUAAUAUAUAUAUAGGGUUGUUUAUCAUACACAAAUUAAACUUUUUUGCUUUUUUCUUUUUUUUUUUUUUUUUUUUUUUUUUUUUUUUGUGGGGAAGAAUUGUGGUUUGGUAUUAAAAAGGGUGUGAUUUGAGAUUGUUCAAUGUGUAUUGAAAUGAGCUUUAUUACGUGAGUUAAGUAAGUUAAAUAAAGGGUCACAAAAAUUAGAUGAUUUGUGGUGCGUUCUUUUUACCUAAAUUUUUUUUUUAUAAAUUUAAUUUAUGAAACAAUUGAGAGAAAAAAAAUAUAAUAAAGGGAGCAUAUAACAAAAAUUAUCAUACAUAAGGUUGUACGAUGCAUGACUUAGUUAUUUGGAGUUUUUUUUGGUUCGUCUUAACAAAUGAUUUUAGGUAAACUUUUGGGUAGAACGGACUCACCGUGAGUCUGGACUUGAGAAUCCAAAUGCUACACCAAACAUCACAAGAAUUCAAAUGCUACACCACACAUCACAGCCCCGCAUCUC